AUGGGCAAAUUGAUUCGUAUCGAAGUUGAAAACUUCAAAUCCUACAAGGGUCAUCAAACCAUUGGUCCUUUUCACCAAUUCACCAGUGUUAUUGGUCCUAAUGGUGCAGGUAAAUCCAACCUGAUGGACGCUAUUUCAUUUGUCUUGGGUGUCCACUCUAGUCAUUUACGUUCACAAAACCUCAAGGACAUGAUUUAUCGUUCUGAAGCCUUACGCAAAGAAGGAGACACAACUACGCCAAGCAGUGGUGUCCAUACCCGUUCACCCAAGAAAGCACAUGUCACUGCCGUGUAUGAGACCAGUCAAGGCCGUGAAAUUCGUUUUAUGCGUGCCAUCAACACCAAUGGACAAUCUGAAUACCGCAUCAAUGACAGAGUUGUGCAAUACACGGAUUACAACAAGGCACUGGAGAAGGAAAACAUUCUUGUCAAGGCUAAAAACUUUUUAGUGUUUCAAGGCGAUGUAGAGUCGGUUGCUAGUCAACAUCCCAAGGAUUUGACUCGUCUGAUUGAGCAAAUCAGUGGUUCCUGGGACUACAGAGAUCAGUAUGAAGAUUUGAAGCAAAAGCGAGACGAAGCAAUUGAAGAGAGUGCGCAUACAUUCAACAGGAAGCGCGGCAUUGCUGCUGAAAUCAAGUUGUAUGAAGAGCAAAAGGAAGAGGCAGAAAAGUUUGAAAAACUGGUGGCCGACAAGCGUGAUUUGACCGUACAGUAUUUGCUUUGGAAAUUGUUUCACGUAGAAGAAAAGGCCAGAGCGUUGGAAGAGGAGAGCUCCGCAAAGAAUUCAGACAAGGACGAUCUUCAGUUUGAAGUGGCUGGUAUGGAAGACAAUUUCAAGAAGGCAAGAGAAGAGAAGGCGCUUAUUCACAGAGAGAAGAUCAAGUGCGAAUUGCAUAUUCGUAAGAUCAACAGAGAGCUGGAUGAGCAGCAUCCUACUUCUGUCAGCAACAAGGAAAAGAUUACUCAAUUAGAGAAAAAAAUGAAACAAACCGAACAAAGCAUUGAACGCAUCAAGCGAGAUGGUCAACAACAAGAGCAAGUCGUAGCUACAUUGGAAAAGGACCUUGAACUAUUGCAGCACACAGAGCAGCAGUUUGAAGCAUCCAUCCCUACGACAGCAGGCUUGGCCAAUGGUCCCGUUUUAACAGGUGCUCAAUUGAUGGACUACGAGCGAAGAAAGCAAGAAGUCAGUAUCAAGGCGGUGGAAGAGCAACACUUGUUGCAACAAUACCAGCGUCAGUACAAGACUGAAAAGCAACGCCUCGAUGAACAAAAGUCCAAGAUGGAGAAACUGCAAGCAUCUGAAGCAGAGACGUUGGAUGAUUUGCGUCAAGUCAAUGAAGAAAAGGCAACAUUGACGCAAGAAGCAGAGGCCAUUCAAGAACGUCUUGGUGUGCGUCAAUCCGAGCUCAAGAGGCUUGAAAAUGAACGUACCACGACACAUCAACGCGAGGUGAAAUUGAACGAACAGUUGCAAGACGUCUUGAGCAAGUUGAUGGAAGCCAGUGUCACGCAACAAGAGUCAGAAAAGGAUUCCAGAUUCAAUGAAAGUGUAGCCACACUCAAGCAGAUCUAUCCCAACGUACACGGUAAAUUGUCUGAUUUAUGUAAACCCAAUCAACGUAAAUACGACACGGCCAUCGCCACUGUGUUGGGAAGAAACAUGGACGCUAUUGUGGUGGAGGAUGAACAAACUGCCUCUGAGUGCAUUGAAUACAUGAGAGAACAGCAUGUCGGUGUCGCUACGUUCUUGCCUAUUCAUUCGCUGUCUUUGCCUCCCAUCAAUGACCGUUACCGUAAUUUUGUCAAGGGUGCUCGUCUCGCUUACGAUGUGCUCAAGUUUGACAAGCAAUACAAUAGCGUGAUUCAGUAUGCUUGUGGAAGUACUUUGAUCUGUGAUAAUCUCACCAUUGCCAAGCAGAUUUGUUUCGAGAUGAAUGAAAAUGUCAGAACUGUUACAUUGGACGGCUCUGUUAUUCAUCAGAGUGGUUUAAUGACUGGUGGUCAAAGUGGUGCACAGACUACAAAGAAGUGGGCUCAAAGUGAUGUGGAAGAUUUGAUGCGCAGUAGAGACAAGCUUUUGGAAGAGCUCAAUCAAAUUAGCAAAACCAAGCGUAUGGGUAGUGCUGAAGAUUCUGCCAAGAGCGAUUGCUCCAAUCUCAACAGCCAGUUGAAUACACUCAAGGAGGAAUUGAUCACACUGGAGAGACGCAUUGAAGGCCUUCAAGGCACACUUGAAAACACGCGCAAGAACCUGGCUGCAGCUGUUCAGCCUUACGAGCAACAAAAGCACGGUUUGGAUCAACUUGAAGCCAACAUCAACCGCGUUCAAGAAGAAAUCAACCGCGUAGAAGAUCACGUCUUUGAGGAUUUCUGUGCCGAGAUCAAUGUGCCCACCAUUCGUGAUUAUGAAGCCAUGCAAUAUGGUGUCUCUGACGAGGUCACUGAACAACGCGCUCAAUUCUCAUCACAAAAAUCCAGAUUGGAGACACAACUAGCUUUCGAAAAGGACCAACUCGACGAACUGAUUGCACGUCUCAAGAAACUGGAAACUACCUUGACCAACGAUGCUACACAAAAGAGCAAACUCGAAGCCGAUGUCGCUGGCAUGGCUGGCAAGACAGAACAACUCCAAUCCAAAUUAAAGUCGUAUGAGGUGGACUUGCAGAAGCAAAUUCAUUUGGAAGAGCAAAAGCAAGUCGAAAUCAAUGAAGUGAGUCGUGCAUUGGAGGCCAAGGGCAAAAACGUAGAGGAGCUGUUGAGAGAGUUCCUUGCUGUGGAAAGCGAGUACGAAAAGGUGCGUGCUGAGCGUGUCGCCAUCUUUAGAAAGUGUAAGCUGGAGGGCAUCAACUUGCCACUGACGCGCGGAUCCAUGGACGAUAUCAUCAUUGAAGAAACCAACAACAAUGCUACACAGCAAACCGACGACAGUGAGUCUGUUUCGGAUGCUUCCUCUGUUACAGGCAGUGUCAGCAGCAGCCAUUCCAAUAUCAACAGUACCAGCACAGACAUGGACUUGGAUGUUCCUGUGUCUCAAAUGUCGAUCCAAUCAACUGACUGGGAAGUGGAAGUCGAUUUCUCCUCUGUGGGUCCAUCUCAACGUCGCGAUGACAGCGCACGCUUAGAUCGUGAAUUCCAAGAGCAAAUCAAGAAGUACGGUGAUGAGAUUGAACAAAUGGCACCCAACUUGAAGGCUGUUUCUCGCUUAGAAGGUGUGCAUGAGCGACUCAAGGUAGCCGAACAAGAAUUCAACACAGCCAGAGCCACAGCCAAAUCCGCCAAAGAAGCCUUCAACCUGGUCAAGCAAAAGAGAUACUCUAAAUUCUUUGCCGCCUUUAGCCAUAUAUCUGAAAAGAUUGAUACCGUAUACAAGGAUCUUACCAAGAGCCCUACAUUUACUUUGGGUGGUACCGCUUACUUAACUGCAGAAGAUGAAGACGAGCCCUAUCUGGAGGGUAUUACCUAUCAUGCCAUGCCGCCCAUGAAGCGAUUCAGAGACAUGGAGCAGCUGUCUGGUGGUGAGAAGAGUGUAGCAGCGUUGGCCUUGUUGUUUGCUAUUCAUAGCUUCAAACCUUCACCCUUCUUUGUCUUGGAUGAAGUUGACGCAGCACUGGAUAAUACCAACGUGAGCACAGUGGCCAGCUACAUUCGACAACAUGCCACACCUGAUUUCCAAUUUAUCGUCAUCUCACUUAAACACAUUUUGUACGAAAAGGCUGAGAGUUUGGUUGGUAUUUAUCGGGAUCAAGAUUUGAAUUCGAGUAAAACAAUGACAUUGAUGUUGGAUCAAUAUCAAAACUAA